AUGUCCCAGACUAUUGCAUUUGUCACUGGCGCAACUGGGACUCAGGGCGGUGCGACUGCUCGGGAGCUCCUAACCGCUGGCGUCAAAGUUCACGCACUUGUUCGAGACCAAUCAUCCAAGUCCGCCAUCGAGCUCCAGCGCCUCGGAGCGCAGUUGUUCCCCGGCAAUUUCGAUGACAUAUCUUCACUCAAGGGUGCGGUCAAAGGAACCACUGCCGUGUUUCUUAACGUAUCACCAGCGUUUCCCGACACCAACCAGGAGGUGGUUCAUGCAACAAACAUCAUCGAUGCUGCUAUCGACGCCGGAACAGUCACCAGUAUAGUGUAUUCCAGCGUCACCAUGACGGGAAAACACGAAGAGUUUCCAAAAUGGGGACCUGACUACCCCAUGGCGUGGUACUGGCUGAACAAAGCCCAGAUUGAGUCAAUGGUGCGAGAAUCUGGCAUCAAAUACUGGACGAUUCUGCGACCGGCGUUUCUCAUGAACAACUAUCACCAGCCGACAGCAUCUUUUAUGUUUCCCGAAUUGGGUCAAAGGCGAGCAUUCCUGUCUGCAUACAAGCCUGAGACUGCGAUGACGGUGAUCGACCCCAACGAUGUGGGCAAGUUUGCGGCGGCUGCGAUUACUGAACCUCUGGUGUUCAAUAAGCAUGAGAUAGACUUGGGAGUCGAGUCCCUUAAACCUGCUGAAAUUGUGCAGGAGCUAAGUCGAGUCAGUGGAGUUGAAAUUGGGCUUGAGUUCUAUGGUGAGGAAGAAGCGAGAGAUCUUGCAGUUAGAAACCCCAAGAUCCAUGCCGAGUUGUGGGCGAAUGAAGUUGGAUAUCAAGUCGACUUUAAGAAAUUGGAGAAAUAUCCGAUCUGUCUAACAAGAUUCUCGGGCUAUCUUGAGAAGCAUAGAGACGAGGUCUUGCAAACGCUUGCUUGA